UGAUGAACAGUUCGAUUAGUUAGCCGCUGACAGUAACAUGUGGAUGAAGUGUAUUCUUGCUCUGGUGGUUGCGGCCCUUGUGGGCCAGCAGAUUGCUGCAGUUGAGGGUCUGUCGUGCUAUACCUGCAACUCGCCGAGCUCCUGUCGCUAUCCCAGCUCACAGUACUGCAAUGUACAAACUGCCAAUGCGACCAGUAGCUGGCUGAGUGCCAUUCACAGCAAUGUGCCUUCCAUUGUGACCUAUGACUAUAAGUGCGUGAAUCUAACCUAUUUCUACGCCUCAAACAACGUCAAGGCCCAAGAAAUUCUCGGCUGUUACUACAGCGCCAUACCCGUAUGUAAUCUAAAUCUGAACGCGACUAACGCCUAUAGCUGGGCUAAAUCCUGUCGCACUUGCAACUACAACAAUUGUAAUCACAAUCCGGCGGGCACUUUUAGCAAGAGCAGCUUUACCAUUAUGGCUUCAGCGUUGCUGCUCAUCCUGGUCAAAGUAUUCGUAUAAGAAAUAUGUUUUCAUAAAUACAAAUUAAAAAAUGCACAGCUUUGAAUCUGUAGGAUAUAAAA